UUUGUUUCAGUCUGGCUGUGUGUUUGAUGGCAGUAGGAUCGCGACAGUAAGAACAGGGGGAAACAGAAAGGAGCAAACAGACGAACUAAGAAGAGAAUUAUGGAGACACGGGAUAUUUGACAUAGCGGUAUUGAAAGCUUUCAUGAAGUUGAAGGGUUGGAAAACGAGUAGAUUAAAAUAAGCUAAAACAUUUUUUUAACCUAGAUCGUGGUGCAAAUAGAAAGAGACAGCUGGGUUGUGACUGGAGAACAAGAGGGGGGGAAAAAAACCCCAAAAAACAAAAGAAAAAAAAGGAAAAAACGCAACCACCACUAGAAUUGUGCACCCAGAAUAUCGAACACAAAUUGGGACAGCCGCUGUGAUAAGUGUGCUGGCAUUCUGGGACAGUGUCCUCAGUUUAAUGGCCUGGGAUUCAAUAAUGUGACAACCCUUUGCUAAACUGGAUGCAGCGUAGUAACUUGAAACAUAAGGAUGACAGAACAGACAGAUAGUAACCCAACAUGAACAGGAUUUCCAAGCAUUGCGUGCACUGAUGUCACUUGAGAUCUUUGUUGCAUGGACUGUAAAGCAACCACUGCCUUAUCACUUUGUUUGAAAGAUUGAAGACUGUAUUUUGAUUGUGUGGGUCAUAUACAGCUGUGACACAUUGCUGCACUUCAGCAAAACCAAAUAAUUACUUCAAGAGUGCCGCUUGUUCAACUCAUGUCCAAACACCAACUGUUUAAAUAUCUCAGUGUUCGCCAGGGGGAAGCAGCCAACAAAAUGUUUCCAGGUUUUCCAGAUGUACAGUAUUUUGUUAACCCUGUAAAUGAACACUUGGAAUGAAACACUAUUUUCAGGUCAUGUUGAAGCAUUGACAUUACUCCCUAGUUUUUUCCAGAUGUAUUGUCCAUUCUCUUCACUGGAGACAUACGCACUGCUAUAGGAGAUCCAGGGGGAGCCAUAUGAAAAGUAUUAUCCGACAGUGGAAACAAGCAGUGCUUUAAAAGCUUGACUUCUUCAAACGAUACAUCAGGACUUCAAUAUCAUCAUUUUGUGUCGCAUACCACCAGAGGGAAGAUCUACAUCUUUGAAUAAAAUAAGUGAAACAGGGGGCAUCUGGCCAGCAGUCGUUGCAAUUGUGAAUUACUUUGAAAGUACAUACUUGCUGUUGUGGCAACAAGAUCAAAAUGAGUGCUUGAGGGAGAGAGAGAUCUCUUGCUUUAGUUUCCAGCCCAGAAAAUGAACAGGUCCAUAUGAGGAGUCUCUGUAACAGCAGGAUUCAAGAUGGCACAAACCAGUUUGCUGCAGGGAAAGAGGUUUUACUGUAGGGAGUGGGUUUUCCACAAGCUCCUGCACUGCCUCCAAGAGAAAACAAACAGCAUUGUCAGUGUUAAUAGCGUGCCUCACAAACAGGCUAAUGUAGCUAACCCUGGGAGCAAUGCCAGCGCGGCCCGCAGCAAGGGAGGACCCUGGGGGGUGCUGCUGGUGGGGGGUCCUGGCAGUGGGAAGAGUGCUGUGUGCACAGAGCUGCUGUGGCCCAGCUCCCCUCAGGGAUUGCAAAGGGGGCUUCACCGGCAAGGGCUGGCUUUCCAUUUCUGCCGGGCCGACGACUCCGACACUCUCUCCGUCAGCGGCUUCAUCCGAGGGCUGGUGGCUCAGAUUUGCCACAGUGGACUAAUACAGGGAUAUGAGGAGAAAGUAAGAGACCUUGAAGUUCAGAGUGCUUUGCAACCUGAAGAGUGUGAAAGGAACCCUGCUGAGGCUUUCAAGAGGUGCAUUCUCCUUCCACUCCUUGCAGUGACGCCUCCACAGCAGUCUGUCUUCAUCCUGGUGGAUUCAGUUGAUGAGGGGUGUCACUUUGCUGAAGGGGAGCAGCGAUCAUCAGGCUCCUCUCGAACUAUAGCUGAACUUUUAGCAAGCCACCAUGAGUUCUUCCCUCCCUGGUUGCUGCUUCUAUGCUCUGCCCGGAAACAAAAUAAAGCAGUCACAAAAUUGUUUACAGGUUUUCGUAAAAUCAGCCUUGAUGACCUCCGUAAGGCUUACAUAGUCAAGGAUGUUCAACAGUAUAUUCUUCACCGUUUGGAUCAAGAAGAAGCGCUGAGGCAACACCUCACGAAAGAAACAGCAGAGAUGUUAAAUCAGCUCCACAUAAAAAGCAGCGGAUGCUUCCUUUACUUGGAACGAGUACUGGAUGGAGUUGUUGAAAGUUUCAUCAUGCUGCGAGAGAUUCGUGACAUCCCAGGGACGCUAAAUGGACUCUACCUGUGGCUUUGCCAGAGACUGUUUGUGAGAAAACAGUUUGCAAGAGUCCAGCCAAUCCUGAAUGUGAUUCUGGCAGCGUGUCGCCCCCUAACAGUCAUGGAACUUUAUCACGCGGUGUGGACGAAAAAUAUGUCAUUGACAAUGGAGGAAUUUCAAAAGAAACUAGAUAUUCUGUCAAAGCUUCUUGUUGCUGGCCUUGAGAACACUAGAAUCCUUUUUCAUUACAGUUUUGCAGAGUGGUUGUUGGACGUAAAGCACUGCACACAAAAGUAUUUGUGUAACGCAGCUGAGGGACAUAGGAUGAUGGCUAUGAGUUACACCUGCAGAGCCAAUGAACUUGCACCGCUGGAGGUGCAGGAGUUUGCAUUGCACCUGAUUAACUCCAGCCUACAGUUAGAGCCCUGUAGCCUAGCACUAUGGAUGGUAUGGAACGGUACCCCUACAAAAGACUCAUUGACAUCCUCAAUUCCCAAAGAACAGGAAGUGCUACAGUUGUUGGUGAAGGCUGGUGCUUACGUCAGUAGUGAAGACGAUCGUGCAUCUUGCAUCGUACAACAGGCCCUGGAAAGGGAGGACUCCAUUAGGACUUUACUAGAUAAUGGAAGUUCUGUAAACCAAAGUGAUGCCAGUGGAAGAACUUUGCUAGCUAAUGCUGCAUACAGUGGAAAUCUUGAUGUGGUUAACUUGCUCAUUUCCAGAGGAUCCAGUUUGGAGAUUGAAGAUGGUCAUGGACAGACCGCACUUACACUUUCCGCAAGGCAGGGGCAUACCAAGGUGGUGAACUGCUUAAUUGGCUGUGGGGCGAAUAUCAAUCACACAGAUCAGGAUGGUUGGACAGCACUGAGGUCUGCAGCCUGGGGAGGACACUCUGAGGUGGUAUCUGCGCUUUUGUAUGCUGGUGCGAAAGUAGACUGUGCUGAUGCCGACAGUAGAACUGCCUUGAGAGCAGCAGCUUGGGGAGGACAUGAGGACAUUGUGCUAAAUUUACUCCAGCAUGGGGCAGAAGUCAAUAAAGCCGAUAAUGAAGGAAGAACUGCUCUCAUUGCAGCAGCAUAUAUGGGCCACAGAGAGAUUGUGGAGCACCUGCUUGGUCAUGGAGCUGAGGUAAAUCAUGAAGAUGUCGAUGGAAGGACUGCUUUAUCAGUAGCUGCACUAUGUGUGCCUGCUAGCAAGGGUCAUGCCUCUGUAGUCAGCCUUCUUAUUGACCGGGGAGCAGAAGUUGACCAUUGUGAUAAGGAUGCAAUGACUCCAUUGUUGGUAGCAGCCUAUGAAGGACAUGUUGAUGUAGUUGAUUUGCUGCUGGAAGGGGGAGCAGAUGUUGAUCAUACAGACAAUAAUGGACGCACUCCUCUUCUUGCAGCUGCUUCAAUGGGCCAUGCCUCCGUCGUCAAUACCCUCUUGUUUUGGGGAGCAGCUGUGGAUAGCAUUGACAGUGAAGGAAGAACUGUACUGUGUAUAGCCUCGGCACAAGGGAAUGUGGAAGUUGUGCGUACUCUGCUGGACAGAGGAUUAGAUGAGAAUCAUAGAGAUGAUGCUGGCUGGACUCCAUUGCAUAUGGCCUCAUUUGAAGGGCAUAGAUUAGUGUGUGAAGCUAUUAUUGAACAAGGUGGCCGAUGUGUUGAAGUUGAUAAUGAUGGUCGAAUUCCAUUGAUAUUGUCUGCCCAAGAAGGUCAUUAUGACUGUGUGCAAAUAUUGCUUGAAAACAAAUCUAGCGUUGAUCAAAGAGGCUACGAUGGAAGGAAUUCAUUAAGAGUCGCUGCCUUAGAGGGUCAUAGAGACAUUGUGGAACUGCUUCUUAGCCAUGGAGCAGAUAUAGAUGGUAAAGAUGCAGAUGGCCGCCCAACUCUAUACAUCUUGGCACUUGAAAAUCAACUGGCCAUGGCAGAAUAUUUCUUAGAAAAUGGAGCAAAUGUGGAAGGGAGUGAUACAGACGGCAGAACGGCACUUCAUGUUUCUUGCUGGCAGGGGCAUUUAGAAAUGGUGCGAUUGUUGAUUAACCAUCAUGCUGAUGUCAGCUCUGCUGAUAACGAGAAGCGUUCUGCUUUGCAGUCUGCCGCGUGGCAGGGGCACAUUAAGGUGGUCCAGCUGCUGAUUGAUAAGGGCACUCAUGUGGAUCACACCUGUAAUCAGGGAGCCACUGCACUCAGCAUUGCAGCCCAGGAAGGACACUUGGAUGUGGUUCAGGUACUGUUGGAACAUGGUGCUGAUCCAAACCAUGCAGAUCAAUUUGGCCGAACGGCAAUGCGAGUUGCAGCAAAAGGGGGUCACUCGCCAAUAAUAAAACUGCUUGAAAAGUAUGGAGCCUCAAGCCUGAAUGGCUGUAGUCCAUCUCCUGUACACACAAUGGAACAAAAAGCCCCCCCUUCUGUUACAGCGAAAAUGCAGUCGAUAACAAUAAAAUCUAACAGCUCUGGCAGCACGGGUGUAGGGGAUUUGCAUCCUUCAGACCACGGCAUGUCAAAUGGACCUGUCCAUGCCUUCAGCUCUCCUUCAGAAUCUCCUGACUCAACUGUGGAUCGGAAAAAGUCCUCACUCUCUAAUAACUCUCUUAAAAGUUCCAAAAACUCCUCCUUACGAACUACGUCUUCUACUGCAACUGCCCAGACUGUUCCUAUUGACAGUUUCCAUGCUAUGACUUUUACUGAACAAAUUCAGCAACAUUCUUUGCCUCGUAGCCGAAGCAGACAGUCUAUUGUUUCACCCUCUUCUACAACUAGGUCUAUAGGACAGCAUCCUAGUUCCCCCUCCAGCGAAUUUGAAUGGAGCCAAGUAAAGCCUAGUCUGAAGUCAUCUAAAGGAAGUAAAACUGGGAAAAAUGCAUCAAAUGGCUCUGGCAAGGGUGGUUCAGGAGGGAGGAAGUCCAAAAACAGUGGUUCCUCUCAGCCACACGUUUUAGAAUAUGAAAUGACACAGUUCGACAAAAAAAUUGCUGUAACAAAGCCUGUAUCAAAUGUGGGAGUGGCCAUAAAAAAGGUUCCUGCAGAGCCUCAGUGUAAAAUUGUGGUGCCACCACCACAGCAAGACAUCGGGAGAUCACAACAGCAGUUUGUAAUUCAGCAGCAAAACAGUGCAGAAAAGAAAAGGAACGGCAUAAUGACCAACCCAAACUACCAUCUUCAAGGAAAUCAGGUUUUCCUUGGAAGAGUUUCUGUCCCGAGAACUGUCCAGGAUCGAGGUCACCAGGAGGUUCUGGAUGGUUAUCCAGUGGGAGAGACAGAAAUAAGCCUUAAACAAGCUCUUAAACUUCAGAUUGAAGGAACGGACCCCAGUUUCAGCUACAAAAAGGAAACUCCGUUAUAGCCUACAUCUUGAACAGUAUCCAUCACACAAAAAUUGGGAAGACCUGAGCCGAAGGAAACCUCUUAUCUGCAGACAAACUGAACACUUUUUUUUUUUUUUCCACGGUCCAGAGUGGAAGCAUGGGAUACCUCUUAAAUACCUGGGGAAGAAUGUGAUCGCCGCACACUGAUUGCAUUGACUGAAACUGCAACGUGCCUACAUUUGUGCUGCCCUUUUCAGUGUAACCCUGCACGCUUCAUCGUGUGUAUUUAAUGUGUCAUGCAUUUAAUAUGCAGAGAGUGCUCUUUUCAUAAAGUAGAUUUUUCCCGUGGUUGGAAAUGUGGAUUGGUUUUUCUUCUGCCAGCAUACACGUCACGAGGAUUUGGAAAGGAGAGUGUGUUGAAGCAUGUAACACAUCGUAGGUCAAGAAUUUGACAGGAUAAGAUUACCUUCAUCGAUAAUGAGCUUCCAGGAACAGGAGGUCUAUAAUAAUCCCCUCAUAAUAUAACACAUGUAAAUGUUCUAUGGUUCUUGUAAUUUAUAUGUUACUCAUGCUCAUAGUAAUGGUAUUUUACUGUAUGGGUAUAAUCAAACCUAUUUAUUAUGGAAAAAGCCACUUGCAUUGCGUCUUGUAUGUUAUUCCAUGGUGCUGUAGUGAUUGUAUACUUGAAGAUAUUUGGGGGCUGUGUUUGAUCCCAGUUUUUUUUGUUUUUUUCCCCGAAUGCCAUAGUAUUAUUGGAACCUCUGAGGGGGUAGCUAAAACAAAGAACAAAUGCAUUAACUUUGUCCCUGUGGACCUUUACUAAUUAGAAGAAUGGGUAGAAUUGAUGCUGAAAUCAUUUUGAUUUAAAAUAAUGUGCCAGAAAAUGUGUGGUUAGUUGCAGAAACAUGAGUGUAGUGCAUUUUAGAAUACUAACCCUACAGGGAUCAUUCUAGUGCAAGAAGAUACUGCUACAGUGUUAUGUUUUUACGGUGGUCUUGCUUGUCGUUGGGAUUAUAUAGAAAACCUUUUGGUUACACGGCAUGAAUUGUGGCAAAAGUUUACAGGUCUCCGCAGUUUCACAAGGGGGUUGGAUUUCCAGACAGUUUUCAGUAUUAGGUGCAGUCGCGUUUGGUUUUGAAACAGAUGUUGGAAACCCAAGUCCAGGGAAUAACAGAGAGAAAAGUAUUGUUUUCAGGGGCUGCAUUUCAAAUCCGCAUGGGAUGGGUCUGAAAAAAGCUCAGAAUUGGAGUGUGAAGCGAUCUCAGAAUUGCAACGUCCGUUUCCACCGAGCCUGUUCAGUAGUAAUCCCAUAAUUCUGCUGGCUAUUCAAGAUUAAGAUAAAGCGUUCGUUUAUCACGGCUGUACUAGAUUAAUAACAAAGUGAAAAAAAACAUCAUGCAUGCAGAACUUCAUUUACUUUACAGAGGAGGGUUCAGAAAACACGGCACUGCAUCAAACAGCACUGGAUAAAAGCAACUAACUAAAGGGUUUCAGUAUUUCACAUUCAGAGUGCAAGCCAGCACAAUGUGGGGAAUGCAAGUAGGAAGGAGAGGGUAUGUUUAAAGAGUUUCUUUGCCCUCAGUCAUGUCUCAGACAUUAUUCAUGAUCAUGUUGCCAACUUUUUUUUUUUUUUUGUCCUUUGGCUAUUCAAAUGCCUGUUCGUGCAAUUAGGCAGUUAGUUGUAAAUAGCUUAUAAUGUACAUUGAAUUUCUCAUUUUAAGAUUUUUAUUUUAUUCAUUGUAUUAUAUGGA